AAAUGACAGUACAAGGAGAGCUCCUACCCUCAUCCCUCAAGAUGGAGGGUCUGCGGGUCAAGAGGUGAACACAGGUGAGCAAUGGUAUGAUGCUGAGGAGGAGCUGGAGCUUCCAGAAGAUGAUGUAGCUACUGCUGUGAGACAGGACCCCACACCGGUGAUGGCACAUGUGUCUGAUGAAUCAGCCAGUCAGGAGGCCAUGAGCUCCGUACUGUGUGUUUCCAAGCUGCCCAGCAAUGUGACGGAGAGUGACAUGUUGCUGUUCUUUGAGAAAUACCAUCCCACUGAAGUCAGCAUUUCUGCUUUAAAGGAUUUGAGAUUUGCCAUAGUUAUGUUAAGUGGCCCCCAGUCUGCUGAGACUGCAGUGAAAGAGCUAAAUGGAUGCAGAAUGCAAGGUCGCGUUUUACAUUUGGAGCACAUCAGCAGACCCACGAACAACAGCCAGAACUCGGCCUCUGAACCUGAUUCCUCACAGGACGCUGCCAAACCACAAACCUCCAAGACUGACUCCAGCAGCACUGAGGUGGUGUGCAUCUCCCCUACAGCAAAGGGAACCUUUGUGCCACAACACUAUGGCACCAUGAGCAGCUUUGAUACUCUGAUAGCAGAGCUGACACAGCUCCACCCAGUGGUGGGGAGGCAGAGGAUUGUGGAUGCUAUGCUUGAGCUGAGGGCAAAGCAUCAGGGCGUCCUCUGUGGCAUGCCCCUCAGGACCAUCAGGGAGAUGAUAUCUGAACUUCUGACCAGGCCGCAGACUGCUAAGCAGUCAUAA